AUGGCCCACGAGAACGUUUGGUACUCCCGUCCCCGCACCUACGGAAAGGGAAGCAGGCAAUGCCGCGUCUGUGCCCACAAGGCCGGUCUCAUCCGCAAGUACGGACUCAACGUCUGCCGUCAGUGCUUCCGUGAGAAGUCAACCGACAUCGGUUUCAUCAAGUACAGGUAA